ACUAUGGUAUUCGCUCUAAAUUUUGUUUGAAUCUCAUAUAGGCCAGUGAUAGAGCAAUCUUUUUCGGAUGAGAGCCUCAAGGGAACUUCGCAAGCUUCCGGCAGACCGCAUACAUUUUUUUCUUAUGGUGUUGCGAGCUUACUGAGUAACAAUAUAAUCCAUAAACGAAGAUUAUGGAACAUAAUACAAAAAAAUCGGUUCAUAAUGGCACAUGUAACAUUGUCUAAUUUUGAAGAAUUACUACCAGUUAUCGAAAAGUCAAUCAAAGAAGCUUCUUUUAUUAGUUUUGAUACAGAAUUUACAGGAUUAUAUGCUACUCCUGACUUAAAACCUAGUUUAUUUGACACCAUUGAUAAGAGAUACUUGAAACUGUAUUCAAGUGUUACUCAGUUUGCACCAUGUCAGUUUGGUUUGACCCUAUUCUGUAAUGAAAAAGAAGAAAAUAAAUACAGAGCACAGACAUUCGUCUUUUAUAUCCGAUCACAUUCAGUUUGCUCAAUUGAUCAUUGUUUUUCUUUCCAAACAUCCUGCUUGCAGUUUUUGUGUGAUCAUGAAUUUAAUUUUAAUAAGUUUGCAUUUGAAAGUAUUCCAUAUUUAAAUGAAGAAGAAGAAAAACAGUUACAAACUGACUUAAGUAAUCAGUUACAACCUUUAUUUAGAAAUAUUAAUGAAGAUGCUUUGCAAGAUCAGUGCUCAUCAAUCUCUUCCUGGUUAACUACAGCUGAAGAAGGUGAUGAAUUUGAAUUAAAAAAACAUAAAGAAAUACAAGAUUUUAUUUGUAUAAAUGAACUUAAUCAAAAAUUUGAAUCUAUAAGAGCAAUUGUGAAAGAUGAAAACACAAUCAUUGUUAAAAAGAUAACUCCUGAAGAAAAAACUGAAUUGAAGAAUCAAGUCAAACAAGAUGAUAAUGAAAUACUGCAUCAUUUUCUAGGAUUUACUAAGGUAUUUCGUAUGCUAGUGGAUGCCAAAAAGCCAAUGGUGGGACACAAUUUGAUGUUAGAUUUACUAUUUUGUACAAACUAUGCUAGUUUAUCUGUUUUUGCAUUUAGUCAGCAGGUCAUUAAAGGACCUAUUAUAUCAUUUUUUGAUCUUAUCAGUUCAAACUCUCUUAGAUUUUUCUAUGUAUAA